AUGGACCCCCCCGCGGCCAAGCGCAGCCGGGGCUGCCCCGCGGGACCGGAGGAGCGCGAGGCCGGGGCCGGAGCUGCGCGAGGCCGCGGCAGGCCCGAGGCGCUGCUGGACCUCAGCGCCAAAAGAGUGGCCGAGAGCUGGGCCUUCGAGCAGGUGGAGGAGCGGUUCUCCCGGGUGCCCGAGCCCGUGCAGAAGCGCAUUGUGUUCUGGUCAUUUCCGCGCAGCGAGCGGGAGAUAUGCAUGUACUCGUCGCUCGGCUGCCAGCCCCCGGAGGGCGAGCCGGACGCCCGCGUGCCCUUCACCCGCGGGCUGCACCUGCUCCAGAGCGGGGCGGUGGACCGCGUGCUGCAAGUGGGCUUCCACCUGAGCGGCAACGUGCGGGAGCCGGGGGGCCCCGGGGAGCCCGAGCGCCUCUACCACGUGUCCAUCAGCUUCGACCGCUGCAAGAUCACGGCGGUGAGCUGCGGCUGCGACAGGCGCGACCUCUUCUACUGCGCCCACGUGGUGGCGCUGUCGCUGCACCGCAUCCGCCACGCGCGGCAGGUGGAGCUGCGGCUGCCCAUCUCCGAGACGCUGUCGCAGAUGAACCGGGACCAGCUGCAGAAGUUCGUGCAGUACCUCAUCAGCGCCCACCACACCGAGGUGCUGCCCACCGCCCAGCGCCUGGCCGACGAGAUCCUGCUGCUGGGCUCUGAGAUCAACCUGGUGCACGGCGCCCCCGACCCCACGGCGGGCGCGGGCAUCGAAGACGCCAACUGCUGGCACCUGGACGAGGAACAGAUCCAGGAGCAGGUGAAGCAGCUGUUGGCCAACGGCGGCUACUACGGGGCCAGCCAGCAGCUGCGCUCCAUGUUCGGCAAGGUGCGCGAGAUGCUGCGGAUGCGAGACUCCAACGGGGCCCGGAUGCUGAUCCUCAUGACCGAGCAGUUUCUGCAGGACCCGCGCCUGGCCCUGUGGCGGCAGCAGGGCGCCGGCAUGACGGACAAGUGCCGGCAGCUGUGGGACGAGCUGGGGGCCCUGUGGGUCUGCGUGGUCCUGAGCCCCCACUGCAAGCCCGAGGAACGGGUGGGCUGGCUGCAGCUACUCAGCACGUGGGACAAGCUGGACUUGUGCCCCCUGGAAGAAGGCAACUACUCCUUCGACGGCCCCAGCCUGCAGCCCACCGCAGCCCCUGGCCCAGGCUCCAAGGAGGAGGAGGAAGAGGAGGAGGAGGCGGCAUCCACAACUCCCCGCCACACAGUGUUUCGCCGCGCCCUGCAGGCUGGGCAGCUACACUGGGGUGACGGCCACUUGCAGAGGAUCCUGGCCAGCGACUCGUACGGCCCCAGCCUCACAGGCAGCGUGGGGGCCGAGAGGCUGGCCUUCGACCCCCAGGGCCGCCCCCUCUGGCUGAGCGAACCUUUCCCCACGGCCUGCGCCCGGGUGGACACUCUGCGAGCCCACGGCUACCCCCGGCAGGCCCUUCGACUAGCAGGGGCCAUUGUCAACACACUGCGGGUACAGCGGAGACAGCAGCUGGACAGCUACAAGCAGCAGAAGAAAGAGCUGCUGCAGAAAGGGGCUACCUGCAUCACCAACGCGGAAGGCUGGGUGGGCCACCCCCUGGAUCCCAUUGGCUGCCUCUGCAGGGCGCUCCUAGAGGCCUGCUGCCUGGAGGAGGAGACACUGGCCCUCUACCCAGACCCGGGCUCCGAGAAGCGGAAGGUGGCCUACCAGCACGUGCCCGUGCCCGGGAGCCCCGGGGAGUCGUACCUGGCACUGGCGCUGGAGGUGGCCCUGCUGGGGCUGGGGCAGCAGCGGGCCCUGCCCGAGGGACUAUACGCCCAGGACAAGGUGGUGCGCAACGAGGAGCAGCUGCUCGCCCUCCUGGACCAGGUGGACUUGGACGAGAGGCUGGUGCAGGUGCUGCGCAAGCAGGCGGGGCUGCUGCUGGAGGGGGGUCCCUUUAGCGGCUUUGGAGAGGUGCUGCUCCGAGAGAGCGUGCCCAUGCACACCUGUGCCCGCUACCUGUUCACCGCCCUGCUGUCUCAUGACCCCGAGCUGGCCUAUCGCCUGGCGCUGCGAGCCAUGAGGCUGCCCGUGCUGGAGCAGGCGUUCGCAGCUGGUGAGCCUCACCCCACCCCGCUGGACUCGACCGACAGCAGCCGCUUCCCCCGCUGGUUCAUCCUGGGCCACCUGGAGACGCGCCAGUGCGAACUGGCCUCCACCAUGCUCACGGCUGCCAAGGGAGACCCCAAGUGGCUGCACGCGGUGCUGGGCUCCAUCCAGCAGAACAUCCACUCCCCAGCGCUGCUCUUCAAGCUGGCGCAGGACGCCUGCAAGACGGCUACGCCGGCCAGCGCACCGCCGGACGCCACGCUGCUGGGCAUCGCCCUGGAACUCGGCCUGCAGGUUAUGCGGAUGACCUUGAACACGAUGACGUGGCGGCGGAGGGAGAUGGUACGCUGGCUCGUGAGCUGUGCCACGGAGAUCGGCCCCCAGGCCCUGAUGAACAUCAUGCAGAACUGGUAUACCCUCUUCACGCCCGUGGAGGCGGCCACCAUCGUGGCGGUGACAGGCACCACGCACACCACGCUGCUGCGCCUGCAGCUGGACACGGCGCAGCGGGAGGAGCUGUGGGCGUGCGCGCGCACCCUGGCCCUGCAGUGUGCCAUGAAAGACCCCCAGAAUUGCGCGCUGCCGGCCCUGACUCUGUGCGAGAAGAACCGGGCGGCCUUCGAGGCCGCCUACCAGAUCGUGCUGGACGCAGCGGCUGGCGGCCUGGGCCACGCUCACCUCUUCACCGUGGCGCGCUAUAUGGAGCACCGAGGCCUGCCGCUGCGGGCCUACAAGUUGGCCACGCUGGCGCUGGCUCAGCUCAGCAUCGCCUUCAACCAGGACAGCCACCCGGCCGGCAACGACGUGCUCUGGGCCUUCCUGAGCCACUCCCUGGGACGGCACGAGCUGUCCGCCCUGGUCCCGUUGCUUAUCCGCAGCAUCCAAUGCGCGCCCAUGCUCUCUGAUAUCCUGCGGCGUUGGACGCUGUCGGCGCCGGGCCUGGGCCCGCUGGGGGCCCGGCGCGCCGCCAAGCCGCUGGGCGCUGAUCGGGCCCCGCUCUGUCAGCUGCUGGACGCCGCGGUGGCCGCCUAUAUCACCACCAGCCACUCGCGCCUCACGCACAUCAGCCCGCGGCACUACGGAGACUUCAUUGAGUUCCUGGGCAAGGCACGCGAGACCUUCCUGCUGGCGCCCGAUGGGCACCUGCAGUUCACCCAGUUUCUGGAGAACCUCAAACAGACCUACAAGGGCAAGAAGAAACUCAUGCUUUUGGUGCGGGAACGUUUCGGCUGAUGCGGGGCAGGGACCGGAAGGGCUGUCGGGGUUGCGGAACGGGUGGGGGGUGGGGUG